AUGACGACCUUCCUACAAGGAGUGGCUGAGGGAAGGAUCAUAGUUAUAAUUGUUUGCGGCAGUGGGAACACAGACGUGGACAACGAACCCAAUCUGGCACCUUACGGAUCUACAACUACUCGACUAGGGUUUCGAGAGUCCUAUGCCAUGAUCACACAGAAGGGAAAGACUCCAUCUUGGUUCGUGGAGAAGAUGAACGCUAUAAGUGAAGGACCAACCGUUGUAGAGGUCUUCAUACCAACAGGUUCUACAGCCGUGACGACAGUUCCUCCAGACACCAUUGCGACCUCCGUCUUCGACACGGGAAAAGAAACAUGUGGGCUAUCGUCUUUUCACCAUUUCCCUCAGACACGUUGCCCGGGAAAUACCGUGACCCUCCACAGCGACGUUACCCUCCAGUUCUGUGUGGAGGCUUGUUGUAAAGACCCGUCAUGUCUGUCCUUUAACUACAACACCAUGUCCAAGUGCAAGUUGAAGAAUUACGUGUGCUCAGCCGAGGAGAAAGAGGUGUCAUCAAUUGGCAACAUGUACGAUCGGAUUGUUGGGCCAGAUGGCAAUAUCGCUCUUGGGAAGGCGGCAUUCCAAACAAGCACCAACUGGGAUGCAGACGGGCCUGCCAGCCGUGCAGUGGACGGAAACACAGAUCCCGACCUCACCAAUGGAAAGUCCUGUACACACACGAAUGGAGAGGAUAAUGCCAGCUGGUGGGUGGAUCUGGGUCAAGCGUACAUGGUUGACAGAGUAGUAAUCUACAACCGAAUGGACUGGGGUCCGGAGCGACUCAACCCUUUCAACAUCCACAUCGGUGACUCCGACCAGGUCAGCGCGAACCCCAUGUGUGGUGGUAAUCAUCAAAUCGACGUCACCAAGCCCUCCAUGUCGGUCCCAUGUCCGGGGAUGCGGGGACGGUACCUGGGUGUUCGUCUUCCAGGGUCGAACCGGAAAUUAAGCCUGUGCGAAGUCAAGAUUUUUCCAGGUGAAACCCCAGGAGCCAUGGCAGCGCUGACAACAACACAGUCUCCACCCACGACCCUCUCGGUAUCAACAGCGACAACGCCAGGUCAAAAAACAGCUUAUGGCUGUAGGCAUGAAUACCUGCAGCUGUCAUGUGCGGAGGGAGAGACGCUCUGGGUCUUGGACGCCAACUUCGGCCGGACGUCCACUACCCACCCCUGUUCUUCAUGCAAUAACUGCCCCACCGACUGCCGAGCAGCCAGCAGCCUAUCAGUUGUGAGGAGUGCCUGCCAGGGCCAACGACAGUGCAGCGUGCUAGCCCACCACAGCGUUUUCGGUGACCCCUGCUCCGGGAUCAACAAGUACUUGGAGGCGUCAUACCGAUGUAUCACAGGUAUAGGUACAUCGAGAGUACAACACGGUGUAUUCCGCAUCACCCCAUGGCUAAGGCCCUGA